UCAUUUUUAUUUUUUUCCUUCAAUAUCAGUACGUCAGCACCCUGUGGAGGAGAAGACAAUGACUGCUGAGACACUUAACUUCGGACCAGAAUGGCUCCGUGCACUGUCCAGUGGGGGGAGUGUGACGUCACCUCCCCCCUCUCCCGCGAUGCCAAAGUACAAGCUGGCGGAGUACCGAUACGGCAGAGAGGAGAUGUUAGCACUUUACAUUAAAGAAGAGAAGGUCCCAGAGGAGAUGCAGGAUAAGGAGUUUGCUGCUAUUCUCCAGGAGGAGCCUCUCCAGCCCCUGGCCCUGGUGCCUCUGACAGAGGAGGAGCAGAGAAACUUCUCCAUGUCUGUGAACAGUGUGGCGGUGCUGAGGCUGAUGGGAAAAGGUGGAGCAAUCCCAGCAGGUGUGGCCAGAGGAAGGGGCAGCACCAGAGGCAGAGGUCGGGGACGAGGCGACAGUGGAUUUUACCAAAGAAGUAUUGAAGACACGGAAGUGGGAUUUGGGCGCAGCGGGAGAGAGAUUCACCGCAGCCAGAGCUGGGACGACAGAGGAGAGAGGAGGUUCGAGAAGCCCAUCAGAAGAGAUGGAGUGCGUGUCGGGUUCGAGGAGGCGGGCCCUGGGCUCAGGAAGGAGUACACGCGUUCGGACAGCGAGAACUGGCGCACGCUGAGAGAGGAGCACGAGGACGAGGAGGGCGCUGAGCCUGGGGGCAGCUGGAGACUGGCCGGGUCACGCAGAGAUGACGGCGGCCCUCGCUCCGCGGGCUGGCGCGAGCACGGCGGCGAGCGGCGCCGCAAGUUCGACUUCGACUUCCGGGAGCACGGGGAGGGGCGGCGCCGCAGCGACAGCAUGGAGGAUGAGCGGGACGGCUUGCCGGAGUGGUGCACGGACGACGAGGACGGGGAGAUGGGCACCUUCGACUCCUCCGGGGCCUUCCUCUCCAUUAAGAAGGGCUCGAAGGAUCCGAUCCCCGAGGAGCAGGAGCUGGAGUUCCAGGGCCUGGAGGAGGAGGAGGAGGAGCCCAGCGAGGAGAGGGAGAGGAAGGACAGCAGCUCAGAGAGAGAAGCGAAGGAGGGCGUGGUGAUGUCCGAGGGAGAGGUGAAGGUCACCGCCCCCCCCUCGCCCCCGGCUGUCUCGGCUAACGCUGCUGCCGCUGCGGCUCCCGCCACCGGCACCCCCCCAGCGGUAACAGAGGCCCAGCCCGCGUCCCUGGGGCUGCCCUCUCCGGACGCGGACACUACCCCAUCCCCUGGGCUGGGACCGCACCCCGCCAGACCCAGCAAGACGAGCGGCGAAGAUAAUUCGCCAGUAGGGGGCACUGCCCAGCUGAGUCCUGGAACCUCCUCCACCCUCUCCUCCUCCCCCCCUUCCUCCUCUGCUGCUAUUGAAUUCCCUCAGGGAGGGGACACCGAGGAUGAUGAAGGGAUGAAGCACCUGCAACAGGAGGCGGAGAAGAUGGUGGCCUCGCUCCAGGACACGUCUCUGGAGGAGGAGUGCUUCACGCAGACGCUGCAGGAGAGCAGGAACACUGCCGCCGCCCUGCCGCUGUCGCACGAGGCGGCCAUGAAGUGGUUCUACAAGGACCCGCAGGGAGAGAUACAGGGCCCCUUCACCACGCUGGAGAUGUCGGAGUGGUUCCAGGCGGGCUACUUCACCAUGACCCUGCUGGUGAAGCGCGGCUGCGACGAGGGCUUCCAGCCGCUGGGAGAGGUCAUCAAGAUGUGGGGACGAGUGCCUUUCGCUCCUGGUCCGUCGCCCCCACCCCUGCUGGGGAAUAUGGACCAGGAGAGGCUGAAGAAACAGCAGGAGCUGGCAGCGGCAGCAGCUCUCUUCCAGCAGCUCCAGCAGCAGCAGCUGUUCCAGCUCAUCAACAGGUGCGGAGAGCAGGGUAUGAUUCCUUCGAUGAGCAGGUCGAUGUCAGUGCCAGAUACAGGGUCCAUGUGGGACAUGCAUACCUCAGCUUCACAGCCGUCAGGAGGUGAAGCCAGUUUAUGGGACUUAACAAUGAAUUCUUCAACUCAGGGUCCAACUCUCGAACAGCUACAGCUGGAGAGACAGAAGCUCCAGCAGGAGAGGCGAGACGCUGAACUCAGGGCUAAGCGUGAAGAGGAGGAGAGGAAACGGAGGGAGGAGAAGAGAAGACAGGAUGAGCAGAAACGGAGGGAACAGUGCCGGCAGCACGAGCUGAUCAUGAAGCUAAUCCAGCAGACCCAGCAGCAGGUGGCCGUUGCCUCGCAGCAGAACCCGUCCUCCUGGACCAGCCUGCCCAAGCAGGGCAAGAGCCUGCUGGAGCUGCAGCAGGAGGCGGAGAGGCAGCUGCACAAGCAGCAGCAGCAGCGGGCCCAGCAGCAGCAGAGAGCGCAUGGAGGUCUGUCCAUGGGCAGCCCGAGCGUGUCUUCCCUGGCGAGUCAGUGGGGGGAUGGCGCUGCGCUCUGGGCCAGCGCGAUGGAGGGCAAGACUGGGAUGGGCCUGUGGGAUGAGGCUUUGAAAAAUCAGGCUGGACUGAGGAACCUGGGUCUGAAGAACAGCCGCAGCAGUCCCUCACUCAGCGACCAGUACGUGAUGAACAGAAGGAAGCGCACAGAGGAGGAGGAGAAGCUGCUCAAGUUAUUGCAGGGCAUGAAGCCGCAGCCGCAGGACGGGUUCACUACUUGGUGCGAGCAGAUGCUGCACGCACUCAAUACCUCCUCCAACAACUCCUCCUCCCCCGACGUCCCCACCAUCGUGUCCUACCUGAAGGAGGUGGAGUCUCCGUACGAGGUCCACGACUUCAUCCGCUCCUACCUGGGAGACACCGUGGAAGCCAAAGAGUUCGCCAAACAGUUCCUGGAGCGCCGUGCCAAACAGAAAGCCAAUCACCACAGACAGCAGCAGCAGCUAUCUAAAGAAGUGGCAGGACUGACCAUGAACUUCCCUCUACAGGAUGCUAUGCGCAGUCUCAACCCUAGCAGUCUUCAGUCCAUGUUUCAGUCGGCUCACAGCGGGAAGGCGGGGGUGUACGACGGCAGCCAGGCCAGCAAGAUGAAGAAGAAGCAAACCAUGAUGCUUCACUCCGACCCCAGUAUAUUGGGUUACUCGUUCCACAGUUCAGGAGAGCGAAUGAGCCUGAGUGAGAUGGAGCCUGUGGAGGACUAUUGAAAUAGCAAUAGUGAUCCUGUUGCCUUUUGUCAAAUCAGUCUUACUGAUUGAGGAA